CAAACAAUGCCUACAAAGAGGUCGACAUAGCAUGUUCUAAGCGGCAUAGACAACCCGGCAUCACGCAUAAAAUCACCCAUUUGCCACUCCUGCAUAUUAAUUCCUGAGUGUCAAUUUUGCAGAAUGCUUUCGACAUCAUUGCCCGUGGCACCUCCCGCAACGGAGUCUCUCAAGAGAUCGAGGCCACACGAUGACGCCCUUCCUCCCAGACCGCGAAUGCCAUUUCUUGAAGAUGAUGAUGACGAAUCCGACGAAGACACAGAUGUUGUUGCCGAAAGAUCUGCCAAGCGGCUCCGUGUCGAGGAUGAUACCAACAAAGAAGACGCGACAAAUCCGGAUAACGAGCCAAACUCCGCGACACAGCAGCCCGAAUCCAACGAGACGAAUAACGAACCCGCGAAGGAGCCAGUAAAUAUUCCCAGUGCUCCUGGAACUUCAGGCACGGCGCUUUCGGAUGUUCUGGAAUCGGCGGGCUUAGUCCAGUCUCAACCGUCGGUAGUCUCUGCCAUCUUGGCGAACUACAAGAUGACGAGCUGUCGAGGUGCCUCACGAACUAUCAGAGAACGUGCACCUACAGUCGCUGUAUCAUACGAUACAAUGGUUGCAGCUAGAUCAAAAACAAAAGAUGGAAGAGCGAAGCGGAGUUAUUAUGGCAUUGAUAUCCACGAAUUAAUGGCUGGGGCCACUACAGAGAUUAAUCAACAAAAGGAGAAGCGAGCCGAGCCCAGGGUAACAGCCGCAACUCCUAUACCCUCGAUUGAGAAAUCACCCACGUCUGUCAAACGUCCGAAGAAAUCACUGUUAUGGACCGAGAAGUACCGUGCUCGCAACUUUAUGGAUCUCUGCGGCGAUGACGGUACCAACCGAACAGUCUUGCGAUGGUUGAAGAGGUGGGAUCCGGUCGUGUUCCCUGGAGCAGCAAAACCAAAACCAGUCGUCCACCGUCGCCCUGGAGGUUUCCACGAGGAGGAGGAGAGACCACAUCGCAAGAUCCUGCUUCUUACUGGCCCUCCCGGCUUGGGCAAGACCACUCUUGCUCACGUUUGCGCCAGACAAGCAGGAUACGAAGUCAUGGAAAUCAAUGCUAGUGAUGACCGCAGUCGAGAUGUUGUCAAAACACGAAUCAGAACAAGUUUGGGAACAGAGAGCGUCAAGGCAGUUGCCAAUCAAAAAGAUGCAGACGGUGCGCGCAAGGUGGCCAAGCCUGCAUGCGUCAUCGUUGAUGAAGUCGAUGGCGUCGUCACUGGCUCUGGUGGUGCGGGAGAAGGUGGCUUUGUGAAAGCACUUAUCGACCUAGUGCUCACCGAUCAACGAAACGAAGCAGCGGGUAAAACAGAUUCCAACAGCACCAAAAAGAAGAAGGGCGAUGACUUCCGUCUACUAAGGCCGCUUAUCUUGAUCUGUAACGACGUCUACAGUCCUUCCCUCCGACCCCUUCGCCAAUCCAACUUGGCAGAGAUCAUUCAUGUUGGCAGACCCACGCUGGACGCCGUUGUUGGACGUCUCCAAUCAGUUUUCGAAAAGGAAGGCAUUCCUUGUGACAAGGAUGCCUCCCGAAAGCUCUGUGAGGCAGCUUGGGGUAUAACUAGUGGUAUCGACGCCAGGAGAGGAGCUGCUAGCACAGUCGAGGGCGACCUCCGUGGCGUUAUGGUUGUUGGCGAAUGGGUUGCAGGAAGAUUCAAAUCUACCAGACUGCACACCCCUACAGAGCGACUCAGCAGACAGUGGAUUGAGAAGAACAUCAUUCACGACCUGUCUAGUGGCGCGGCUGGAUCGCGCGGACUCGGCCGAGGUAGCGUCAAGGACAUUGUGACGCGCCUCUUCCAAGAAGGCGGCGGUUUCCCAAAGCAGGCCUUGGUCCUAGGCGAUGCCAAGAACGCUGAUGAGCAGCCAAAGACGGAGCUAGGCUUUAACGAAUACCACAAGAAGCAUGCCAUGGAUCGCCUGAGACAAAUGAUUGACACCAGCGGCGAGAUCAGCCAUAUCAUGACCGAAAUCAUGGCAGAGUAUCCCAACCGAGAGUACAACGACGACUGCUACCUGAACAAGCCGAAUCAAGCGUACGACUGGCUCCAUUUCCACGACGCUUGCCAGUCUCGUCUAUAUGCCAGCCAGGAAUGGGAGCUGGCUCCUUAUCUGUCACAACCCAUCCUUGCCUGUCAUCAUCUUUUCGCUUCGCCAAAGCGCCAUUUCAACGCCACCGGUGGAUAUACAAACCGCUGGGGGGCUAAUGACGAAACUAAAGAAGAAAUUGUACUCCCGUUCUCCGGUCCUCGCGCCGAUUACAUGGCAAAUGAGGCAGAAAAGGCCAACCGAUCCCAGCUGCAGGCGAUGCAGAGCCAACUGAGCCCCUCGCUUAUGCGAUCAUUCCGCAGCGCCGAAGACAUGGCGACGGAUUUCCUGCCGUACCUCUCCCGCAUGGUAUCUCCAGACGUCCGACCCGUCGUUGUCGGUGGAAGUCAAGGAUCAAUGGCGAGUGUACGCAAGGAAAGUGAGCGCCUCAUGGUAAAGCGUGCUGUUGAAACCCUUGCCGAGCUAAGCAUCAGCUUGGUAAAAGGUACUCUGGAGAGUAAGGCGGUUUCCAGCCGUGGACCAGAGUUUGUAUAUCGUCUUGAGCCCGACAUUGACGCCCUCGCUACCUUUGAAACCGCCGCCAACUUGCUCUCUUCGCAAGCACCUACACGAUACGCCGUGCGCCAAGUCCUCGAUCAAGAACUCCGCCGAGCCCGCGUCGCAAGGGACAACUUGGCCCGCCAGGCACGCUUCCAAGCAGGACACCCGUCGUCCACUGCGGAAGCUGCGCCUGGUUUGGCAAGUCUGAGCCAGUUUGACGUGGAUAAGGAGAACAUGCCAGCAGCAGAAGCAGUCGUUAAGCGCGACUUCUUUGGCCGCAUCAUUGAGUCUCAGCCCCUGGCGGAAAUUGAUCGCAAUAUCGCGGAACGAAAUGCCCGUCGCCAAGAGACGCAAAAGGUAUGGGUGACGUUCCACGAAGGCUUAAACAAUGCUGUCCGAAAGCCCAUUACACUAUCCGAGUUUCUCAAAGCACUUUAAAUAGGAAAGUGUGUGUUUGUGAUAAAGGGCACGAGACAUGUUUUUUUUGGCAUUUUGUUAUUAGAAUAAUUGCAUCUUCAUAGCGAGCACAAGUAAACCUUUCAUUUUGAUAUAUGGGAAAAUGAACUACAUUCUACAAGAUCUACAUACUUCCUCCGUGAUAUUGACGUGUAAACCCAGCGCCUCGUAUAUGCCAAAAACUAUCAGCUGCAAUAUCUUUACAGCUUCGACUUGGGACGCUGAGCAGGUGUCUUGAGAACAUCGUAGACACUUUGAGAAAGCGAGUCGGAGGGUAUAUAGCUGUGGUUUGCCAGACUGCGUGUGUCUACCAUGGAGGGUGUCAAGUGCUCAAUGGUCGGGGCGCCAAUCAGGCGCAUGUUCAUCUCGAGCUCGUCCUUGAGCAGCUGCAUUGCCCUGUUGACACCGUCCUCGCCGUAGCCGCUCAUGGCGUACAGGAAUGGACGGCCAAUGCCUACACCCUUGGCACCCAGGCACAGCGCCUUGACAAUGUCGCUGGCUCUGCGCACACCACCGUCGAUGAAGAUCUCAAUCUUCUUCUCCAAGCCACGCUCGCGCAGCAUGGGCAUCACCUCAGCGAGAACCUCUACGCCUGAAGGCGCAGUAUCGAGCUGACGGCCACCGUGGUUGGACAGAACGACACCCUGAACACCGGCAUCGAUGGCGCGGAAGACAUCCUCGGUACGUUGAACACCCUUGAGAAUGAUAGGCAUCUUGGUAAUGCUCUUGAACCAUGGGAUAUCGCCCCAGUUGAGAGACGGGUCAAUGAAGGAGGAAAUGGCGCGCGCAGCACCCUGGCUGUUGUCGGUUUGCUGUCCACUCUGGACAUCGCUGCCCUGUUCGUCAAACUUGGAGCGCAUGUCCUUUUCGCGACGACCGAGCUGGGGAGCAUCGACAGUGAUAAAGAGACCCUUGCAGCCGCGGGCUUCGGCAUGCUGGACAAUGCGUUUCGUGAUUGCACGGUCCUUGUUCACGUACAGCUGGAGCCAUUGGACCUGGUCGCCCUUCUUCGCGUCAACAAUCUCGUCAAAGGAGCAUGAGGCUAGUGUGGGAAUCAUCUGGAUAGCACCGUGGUUGUGAGCCGCACGGGUAAGGACAACCUCACCCUCAGGAUUACCCAGCUUGCCAAGUGCGGUAGCGGUGACGUAGAAGGGAACGCUCGUUUUGGAGCCGAGCAUCGUGGUGGAGUAGUCAAUGUGUUCGACGUCAACGAGGACUUGGGGUCGGAACCAAAUACGGUGGAAGGCGGUAUGGUUUUCGCGCAAUGU